CAGGCAUUAGGUGGUCUCGUGCUGUGGCCUGUUUUUGGGAUUUAAGGACAGAACUUUAUUUUAAAAGUUAAUUAAGAGAAACAAAAUGUCCUGGCUUUUGGGAAGAAGAAGAAAUGAAUCAAAUACGGCUGGAGGUUCACCUCCUGACGGGGGAAAUCCACCUAGUGGAGCCGGUGGUGGUGGAGAUGGAGAUGACCGCUCUACUAAUUCACCAGACUUUAAAAAAGCUAUGGAAGCUUAUAGAUUUGACUCUUCUGCUUUGGAAAGAGCAGCGCAGGCAGCUCGAGAACUGGAGCAAUCCCGUCAUUCCAAAGAAGCCUUAGAGCUUUCUAAGAUGCAAGAGAUGACUAAGCAGCAGGAGCUGAUAAUGAAAACAAAGGAAUUUGAAGCUGCAAUUGAAACAGCCAAAGUCGAUCAGAAACGUGUGGAUGGAGAAGAACGCAGAAAAACAGUUCAAGAAGAAACAAAGCAACAUCAAUCAAGAGCUCAGUACCAAGAUCAACUAGCUCGGAAAAGGUAUGAAGAUCAGCUUCUUCAGCAAACUAGAAUGAAUGAAGAAAAUUUGAGAAAGCAGGAAGAAUCAGUACAAAAGCAGGAAGCAAUGAGAAGAGCUACCAUUGAACGAGAAAUGGAAUUGAGGUCACAAGUGGAUAAGAAUCGUCUUGAAGCUGAGAUGCUUGCCAAAGCAAAGGCUGACCGUGAAAAUCAAGACUUGUAUUUGGAGAGACUUCGAGUGAAGGCUGCUGAAAAUAGGAUCACUGUGCUAGAAUCUAUAAGGACAGCCGGAACAGUGAUUGGUACUGGAGUUACUACUCUGCUGACUGACUGGGAUAAGACCCUAACUGCUGUUGGGGGUUUGUCCCUCCUCGCUCUCGGUGUCUAUUCUGCAAGGACCGCUACUUCUAUGACUGGCAGGUUCAUUGAGGCCAGGUUAGGUAAGCCUUCCUUGGUUAGGGACACUUCUCGAUUUUCAGUGCUAGAAACUUUAAAACAUCCUAUACUUACUGUGAAAAAGUUAAAAAAGAAACCAGCUGAUGCUCUUGCAGGAGUUGUCCUUCAACCAAAACUUGAAGAAAGACUAAGGGAUGUUGCAAUCGCUACCAAGAAUACUAAGCAGAAUCGAGGAAUGUUCCGUAAUAUUCUUAUGUAUGGCCCUCCAGGCACAGGGAAAACAAUGUUUGCCAAGAAAUUAGCUCUUCACUCUGGCCUGGACUACGCUAUAUUAACAGGAGGUGAUGUUUCACCUUUAGGAAGGGACGCUGUCACCGCUGUUCACAAAGUAUUUGACUGGGCUGAAACUUCUCGAAAAGGCCUCCUUCUAUUUAUAGAUGAAGCUGAUGCUUUCCUUAGAAAAAGAUCAUCUGAAACAAUUUCAGAAGAUCUGAGAGCAACACUCAAUGCAUUUCUUUAUCGGACUGGUGAACAAAGUAACAAAUUUAUGUUGGUUCUUGCUUCAAACACUCCGGAGCAAUUUGAUUGGGCUGUCAAUGAUCGAUUGGACGAAAUGGUUGAGUUCACUCUCCCUGGUCUUCAAGAAAGAGAACGUCUUUUAAGGCUAUAUUUUGAGAAAUUUGUACUAGAACCAGCCGCUUCCACCUCAGUCAAAAGGUUAAAGGUAGAGCCUUUUGACUUUGGGGAGUUUUGCUCAGAAAUGGCUCAACUAACAGAGGGAAUGUCCGGAAGAGAAAUAGCAAAACUAGGUGUGGCUUGGCAAGGUGCUGCCUACGCCUCAGAGGAUGGUGUCCUCACUAGGCAGAUGGCUAUGGACAGGGUUAAUUCAGCUCUACUGCAGCAUCGGCAAAAGGUCGAAUGGCAGUCUGAACAAGAAAGAAGAGAAUCUAAAAGUAUUACCUAUUCAACGAAAGAAUCUAGUUAUUCACAAGUGAAACCAGUUGUUCCUGCUAUAAACCCACCAGCUCAGCCCAUAAGCCCACCAUUACCUGCCAAAAGAAUAUAUGGUACUCAUAAACCAGGUAAAAUAUACCAUAAUUCAUAACCACGUUUAAAUUUUUUUUUUAUAAUUUUGACAUUGAUAACAUUUUAACUUCAGUUAGUUCAUAAAUUCCUACUCUAUUUCUUAAAUGUUUCACCUUUCAAUAGAAUAUAUUAUCAAUCAACACAAUUGAAAUUAAGA